AUGACAUUGGCUCAAUAUGCUCUCCUCUGCCUGUCUCUGCUUACUGGUGGCACUACAGUGUGUGGUGUGGAGCUGCAAUGCUCCGUGUCUCCAGCAGGGGCACUGCACCCUGUCCAGGGUCAGCUGGAGCGCUUCGAGGUGGGACCAGGCUGUGCAGCCAGAGGGGCUGGAGCCAAAGAGACUCACGUGAUCUCUCUAGGGAGAGCAAGUCAUAGCCCUGAUAAAAAGGUUACUGUUCUUCUGAGACCCAUAACCUUCUCUCGAACCUCCAGUCGGCCAGUGGUUCUGGUGCUGAGCUCCCAGCAUGCCGUGCACUGGUGGCUGGAGAGUGAGGGGUUGCCACCAAGUCUCCCAGUAUGGGUGCAGUUGACCCCUAACUCCACGGUGGAGAGCAGCAGCGUGGCUCUGAGGGUGCAGCUGGUUCCCACUUUACCCAGUCGUCCCAGAGCACUUCUGAACUGGAGCCUGCAACACCACAGCUCCAUCUCCUCACUCAUACACACACCGAGGGCAAACCACGUCUACCUCCGACUGGGAGAGGAUCCCACAAUGCCUAGCGUGUGUCAGCUGCAGUCGUUGUUCCUGUCUCAUAACUACCUUGCAUCCAUCCUGCAGCCACAGGAAGUCCAGGGCUGCAUCCCCUCUACAGAGGACAAAGAUCCAGAAAUUCAUGUGAUAAGACUGUGGUCUGCAGGGUCAGGUCUCUGUGGCUCACUACAGGUGGAGGUGUCUGUCUCACUGCUGCCUCUUGUGGCCAACACUGGGUGGUACAACGUGGUUUUGAUUUUCAGCAGUGCCGUUCCAGUCAACUGGGCCCUUGUGGCCCCUGGUGUUAGGGGCCACAUCUCAGUCUAUUCCUCUCACAGUGUGACCCCUCUGUAUCCCCCUAAACCCGACCUGAUCAUGACCACCACCCGACCCUCUGACCUUUUCUCCACCCCUGACCUGCUGCGUUGGGCCAAAGAAAAGGGCUUUCGUCACGUCACCUCCUAUACAGAAGCCAAGCUAGCCAAUCGCUUCGUGAUCCAUCUGGCCAGAGGAGACACAGAUAAAACCCUCUCUGAACAUUCUGCCUCAAAAGAACUACAUGCACCUUUUCCUCAGAGAAAGGGGCUAGAGGUGAGACAUGGGUUGAGCCAUGAAGACGAUGAAUAUGAUGAGGACGACGAUGAAGAUGAAGAUGAUGAGGCUCUCAGCCGCGAGGCAGUUAGUGCCCAGUGUCAAGACGGACGCCUCAACGUGGCAGUGGACAGACAAAUCCUGCAGACUCUGUCUUUCCCUGUGUUGACUGUGACCUUGCGUGACCUCAACUGUAAGGCCCAGUCCAACGGAAGUCAUUUCCUGUUAGCAUUUCCAGUCAUUUCCUGUGGCACUAAGGGCUUUCCAGGGCGGGGUCCCGGAGGUGUGCUUUACAAAAACGUGUUUAGCUGUUUGGCUACAGGACCAACCCCUGUGUAUUUGCCUCAGAGCAGCCCGUCCCCUGAGCCAGUGGACACGCCCUGGAGAGAAACCGGCCUGGGGCCCCCGUGGGUUUCAGGCUCUCAUACGAGUCCUCCUCUUUCCCUUCGGCUUUUUGUCUCAGAGGCUUACGAGCAAAACCCAGUCGGCCCCUGUGUCAUCACUGCACAUAACCGAGUCUACGUGGAGAUCUCGGCGAGAGAGGGGGCGAAAGCGAGAGUCGAGGUGGAGUCGUGCGUUGUCUCGCCGCUGUCAGAUCCCAGAGCCCAUCCCGGGUGGCCUGUCAUCCGUGACAGCUGUUCCGUCGACCCCUCGUUCAUCCUCACUCCCGUGAGGACGGAGGGAGAGAGGAGUCGGGGGAGAGCCGGGGAGGAAGAGAGCUACGAAAAAGAAAUAGGGGAAGAAAUGAGGGAGGGAGAGGUCAGAGACCCGACAAUCAAACACUUCGUCAAACCCUCCAGACGAGGUGGAGGAGGAGCAAACGGAGGUAAAGAGAGAGAAAUAAGGAAAGACGGAGGGAGGCGGCCGAAAGGAAAAAGACUCCGCGUUCGGGAACGGGAAAAGAGGGGGGCGGAGCCGGAGGAAAGAACGAGGGAUGAGAGAAAAGAGGAGUCGCACAGGCUUAGGUUCAGUUUCGUCCUGCGACCUGUUUACAAUAACUCCAUCCAGUUUUUACACUGCAGACUGUGGCAGUGCAGUUCAGGGGCCCAAACGGAGGGCCCCACGGAGGCCACACCACAGGCUGUCUGCCCCGAUGGUUCCCCCGUACCAGCGCUUAUAGCCCGACCUGCCACUCCACAGUGUGAGAACAGGAACUUGUCAAGGCCUGUGCUGGUCACAUACGCUGAUGGACUGGCUGGGCUGGCUGGACUGCUGGCACCCCCUACUGGUGUGGACACGGGUCCUGUGCUGAUGAUUGUGUUUGCUGCAUUUCUGAUUGGAAUUUGCCUCAUGGGGGCGCUGUGGUUCAUAUACUCCCGUACAGGCAAAGCUAUGGCAGUACGUAGAGACAGUAUCCUAGAGACCAUGGACCAGACCACGGGCACCUGGAACAUGGCUGGCCUCCUGGACCAAACCAACAGCUCUGUGUGA